AUUUACCUCGCUGGUCGCCAACUCACUCUCGCCGCCCGCAAGCACCAUUAACUAGCAUCCUCUCAUCAUCUCUGAGUGUGCUGUUGGCUAGCUAUCUCGGUCAAUCCAUGGAUGAGGUGUGGUGCGACCUGGACCUCCAGCUGCAGGCCAACGACAUCGCCGGCCUCCACCGCGCCGCCGCAGAUGAUCUCCAUGACCCCUUCUGGCCAGCACUCGCCGAGUGCGCUGCGAGCUUACUCGCCGGCGACACUGCGUGCUUCGGCGUCGCCGACGUCGACCUCGCGGGCUCCGCUAGCGACAUGGUGGGCAUGGACACGAGUGGCUUCUUGGCCGGGGACGACCACAGCCUGAUGCAGCAAGAGCCAAUGUUCUCUUCGUCGUCGCUGUCGUCCAAUCGGUCCCUCUCCAUCGACAGCGGCGGCACCUCCUCCUCGCCUUUCUUCUUCUCGCCGUCGCACCUCGCGGCGCUGGCCGCCCCGCAGGACCCGUUCGCCAGUGCCUGCGGUGGCGGGGACGACGCGGCUAUCACGCGGGCUAUGAUGGCCGUCCUCUCCUCGGCGUCCCCCUCCUCCUCGGAAUCCUCGUCGCCGCGCGGGGGAAACCAUGGGGACGUUAAAGUGAGGAGCAGUAGCCUCGCCGUGACGACGGCGGAGAAGGCCGCGUCGCCGGCCAACGCCGGCGGGGCCCUGCAGCAGCAGGAGGAGGCAAGAACGGAAGCGGGCAGCAACAGCAACCAGGUGUACCACAUGAUGUCCGAGAGGAAGAGGCGGGAGAAGCUCAACGACAACAUCCAGACGCUGAGGUCACUCCUCCCCCCGUGUUCCAAGAAGGACAAGACGACGGUGCUCAUCAACGCGGCGAGCUACCUGAAGAUGCUGGAGUCGCAGGUGUCGGAGCUGGAGGAGAAGAACGACAAGCUGGAGAGGCACGUCCCCCGCGAGGGCGAGGGCGAGGGCGGCGCCGCGGCGGCGGCGGCGCACCGGAGAGCCAAGGUUCGGAUCAGCAGGGCGCCGUCGUCGGACGAUCAAGUGGACGUGACGGUGAUGGUGAUGGUGGAGUGUGACAUCGUGGACCUGGUGCUGCACGUCCUCGAGUGCCUCCGGUGGAUGGGAGGGGUGAGCGUGCUGUCCGUCGACGCCGACACCUACUCGCCGCAAGUGCUGCUCAAGGCCAUCGCCAACAUCAAGCUGCAGAUCACGGACGGCGACUGCUGGAACGAGGCGUCGUUCCACGAGGCGAUGACCAAGGCGGUGCACGACGCGACCUCUUCUGCUCCUUCCUCCUGCGCCGCCCCGGCCCAGGCCCCGCUUGUGGUCGCGGCCUAGGCACCUCGGGCCAUCGGUUCUACGUAUUCUACUUGCACAGGUUGGUGGCGAUUGGUGAAGCGACCGGUUCAGUCAUCGACACCUCGGCCUCGCAGCCAUUGUAGAACUUUGAAGCGGUAAAACGUACUAAUCAGCUCGGUUAGGAACCCUGUGUUGCCUGGGCUGCGACCCCAGAGGUUGCAGAUGAUGCCACUUGGAGGUUAAGGCGUUGUGUGAUGCAUGGUUAGUGUGAGUAGCAUAUUGGGCUCUUCUCGGCGCUUGCCACAAGUUAGUGGAGGAAUUUUGUACAUAGGAAACUAAGCUCUCACGAGCAGUUCAUAUGAAGAAAUGUGCACACAUGAAAGGGGCGUUGUAUUA